GCAGGCGCCACACGUGAUAAGAAACUUUCUGAAAAUGUAAAGAGAGUGGAACGAUGUGAUUAUAAAUCCCUGUCUGGACAUCACUCAGCAUCUCACACUCUGCAGACAGCUUGUAACUGCUGGACCUUUCCCUGAGAGAAACACACAAAGAUGGUGUGGUUUCUUCUCCUGUUGAUGGUGACAUGUGCUGCAAGUUCAGGUCCAACCAAUCUAGAUUGCCGUUAUUUGGUCUUUCCAGAAAAAACUGCAACAGACCAUGCAAAGCUGCAGUCAUGCAUACAUACUUUCAGUGCAAUGACUGUCUGUCUCAGGGUAAAAGCUAACCUUUGCAGAGGUCACAGCCUUUUUUCUGUGGCUACAUUCUCCGAAGGCAAUGCUUUCCUGAUAUUUUGGGAUGAAGAAGAAGAUGAACUUGAGGUUUAUGUCCAGGACCAAAAGGCUGAAUUCAAAGGGCUGAAGUAUGACCUGAAUAAGUGGCACUCAAUUUGUGUCACAUGGGACUCUGCAACUGGACUAGUGCAGCUGUGGUUUGAUGGACAUUAUGCUGUUCCAAAAUAUGUUGAUGCAGGACUCAUCAGUAGCCCAUGUAUCAUCUUAGGACAGGAGCAGGAUAAUUACUGUGGUGGUUUUGAGAAACAACAGUCCUUUGUUGGUGAGAUAACUGAUGUACAUGUGUGGGACUACGUCAUAGAAAUCUGUGAGAUCGAGCACUACUUGGAAAAUGAAUAUUUCUUCCCUGGAAAUGCAGUGAACUGGAGGGAGCUGCUCUUCUCCACCACUGGAAAAGUGUCUGUUCACUGCAAACAGAACUGUCCAGAUGACUCAAAAGACAAGAUUCCCAAACUUUCUCACCAUGAGGGUCAUCAAGGUUUAUCUGCUCAUGCCUCACACUAAUAAACAAAUAAACUAAAAAGUAAUAAUUAAUCAGCAUUAUCG